ACCUCGUGUACGUUUCAGUUCUUCAAUCUGCAUAGUAGUUUUCGUAAAUAAAACCCCAAAAGUGACCUAUUAAGGAAACGAUAACAAAAAACAUGUAAGAUCGGAUCGAUUCGCUGUUGAAAAGUGAUGCCCGUAGUGGUUUUCCUUCUGGUUUUUCCGGAGAGCCGAGUCCAGUAGGUGCGGGGGUUUUUCCGGAUGCAGCUCAGCACAGGAGAAAAGAUGAGGAAGAUACGGGUUUGGCAGUGGCGCGCAGAAGGGAGCUAGCGGCGAGGGAGCCCCCCAGCCCCAGCAUGAUGCGCGCUAGAGAAUGAAGAAGCAAAACGUUCGGACGUUAUCUCUCAUCGUUUGUACGUUUACAUAUCUUCUUGUCGGGGCAGCAGUUUUUGAUGCUCUCGAGUCCAAGACGGAAAAUCAAAGGAAGAUCGUUCUUCAAGAAAUCCAAGCAAUUGUUCGUAAAAAAUACAACAUAACCAACGAGGAUUUUCGCAUCUUGGAAACGGUUGUCCUGAAGUCGGAACCUCACAGAGCCGGACAGCAGUGGAAAUUCACCGGGGCCUUCUACUACGCAACCACGGUGCUCACCACCAUUGGCUACGGUCACUCUACCCCGGCUACAGUUGGCGGGAAACUCUUCACCAUGUUUUAUGCCAUGGUUGGCAUUCCUCUGGGCCUGGUCAUGUUCCAAAGCAUCGGAGAGAGAGUCAACAAGCUCAGCAGCGUCAUCAUAAGAUCUGUCAAGUCGUCAUUACACUGCCGUCAUACAAACGCUUCCGAGUUGGACCUCAUUUGUGUGGUGACAACAUUGAGCUCCCUGACGAUAGCCGGUGGUGCUGCAGCUUUUUCAAAGUAUGAAGGAUGGAGCUACUUCGACUCUGUUUACUAUUGUUUCAUCACGUUGACAACGAUUGGAUUUGGUGAUAUGGUGGCGUUGCAGAAGGAUAACGCCUUGAGCAAAAAGCCCGAAUAUGUGAUGUUUGCCCUCAUAUUCAUACUCUUUGGAUUGGCCAUCGUAGCAGCCUCAUUAAAUUUACUAGUUUUGCGUUUUGUUACGAUGAAUACGGAAGAUGAAAGGAGGGACGAGGCUCAAGCCAUGCAAGCUUUAGCUGGUGCUGUACGUUUGGAAGGAGACGUCAUUACAGCUAAUGGCUCCAUUCUCAGCGGUCAGUUUGGCCAUCAUUGUACAGAAACCACAUCCCUAGAAAUAGAAGAAACUUCUGUUUGUUCCUGUCAUUGUGGAUGCUUCGCAUCUAAAUCGAGAAACCGGUUCUCGAUGAAGCGGUCCCCAACGCAGAUCCGGCAUUUACUUCCGGUAUUGCCCAUGCACGAGUUGCAUCUCCCCCAAGGUACAGUGGUGCCCCCUCCGGCGAUAUAUCCCAAUCAUAGGGCCUCUAUUUGACUCAAAAGUGCUCUCGUUUUCAUGGAACUACGUGAUAUUGUGAUAAGAAGAUUAAGAGACCCUUCGGCUCAGAAAAAGCGGAUUAGUAUUUUAAUAUGAACACGGAAAUUUUUUUACUGCCGAAUGCAUAACUUCGUUUUUUUAUGAGAAAUAAAUACCAGGGUAUUAAGAGUCUGAAUUCGAACAGCGAUUCGUUGAUUCCUGAUAGCUUCCUUCACGAUUAAUCAUAUCAAAAGGCUACUUUUACUCGAGUGGCGUACAAAAUGUCAUCUACAUCACGAAAGAUCACACUGUACAGGGU